UUGAUUAAUUGAAUUAAACCAGACAUUUAGAGUCUGACUAUCAGCGUGUGAGUGCCCUCCACAUCUUUGGCUUUAAAUGAACGUGACGUGCAGAUUAUUGAUGUUUUUUCUUGCACAUGGACUUCGACAUAUUGUUAGAUAUUGUUAUCAUUAUCCCACAGCUACCUAUUAGCAUAAUACACUUGAUGGUGAUGAACUUAAAUGCGCACCUUUGCAGUUGUAUAUCAGCGGAUCGAGUAAACUGACCAAAGCAACGAAUAUUUUAAAUUCCGCGUAGAAUUAAAGGACAGAUGACGUGAGAUAUACAAACUAGUUUUGAAGCAUUAGCAGCAACUUUGAAACUAUUUUUUUCGCGCAUAACAACUAAGGAAAUGAUCUAUCCAACACGGUUCAUGCGCGCACAGAGGCGCACACCGGGCAGGCUAACUGUUCGCCUUUGAGCUGAGGAUAGUAAGUGAUCAUCAGGCUGAUAGAUGAGCUAUACACACCCAGCCACACACCCCACCUCCGGUACGUGGUUCUCUCAAGGUGUCUCAGGACGUGUCUCAUAAACAAUGCGUUGUAAUAACACUCAGUGCUGCAGGUAGCAUAUUUGCCGCCCUGGGCAAGCUUCCCCUGCGUCCCCCCGCCCCAAAAUUAGUAUUACACAACUUAGGUAACAAACAAUAUUACAAAUAAACUGUCUGAAUUCAUGUUAUUGCACGCAAGCAGUACAAAUAUUGCACUGUUAAAUAUAGGCUACUGCAGCAUCCCUAAACAGAGGAAUGAAAAAAUUGAAUUUCCCCACACAACUUCGCUGGAUGUGAACGGAAAACUCAGUCACUGCCAUAACAGACCUUUUUACUGUUGGUGAGCAUAACACAUUCUUAACAGUGACAGAAUCCACAGUUAACAUCAAGUCACCCGGUCCGUUACAAGAUACUGAUGUUGCACCUGAGUGUUGAUUGUCAGUUUUGGUAUGUGUGGUCUGCUGGGAACAGUGUUGGUUGAAAAGUCUGACAGCAGGAUGAAGGAAGCACCUGUGGUAUCUCCCCUUCACACACAGCCUGCAGGUGGAGCAGCCUGUCACUGCUGAAUAGAGGGGGCAUCCCAAACUGUUAACUCUCUUCCUGUCAGCUGUUCAAAUGCUACUGCCCCAGCAGACCACUCUGUAAAAGAUUGCUGAUGUCACCACAGAGUCAAAAAUGGUCCUAGGAGUGUGCCUGCCUUCCAAAACACCUGAGUCUCCUCAACAGAUAGAGUCUCCUCUGUCCUCUUUGAAGGCCCAGACACAACAAACUGACAUCAAAGACAUAGAGGAGGCAAAGGCCAACUGUUGCAUUGCCUCAUUUUGCCUGUGUUGUGGCUAAAAAGUUGCACCUAAACACACCGCAAAGACUUCAGCUAACAGCCAACUAGCAUGUACGUUCUGCUCCUAUGUGAGAGGAAAUGUCUCCGUAGCAUCAGGAGGCAGCAGACAGUAUUUGUCAUUUAAAAAAAGAAGCAGAAAGACCGACAGGAUGGAUUCAAGACACCACUUAAAGAUGUUAAAAGAACAAAGGAUAUUUACCGUGAGCUGGUGAAAAAUAACUCAAUUACAAACGGUUUCUGCUAAAGACUUCAGUGGCUAAAAAUGUUAUCGUACCCAAUAUAUCAACUUUGUUUUUAACUUUAGCUGUUCAUUUGCUUUCCUCACUUCUGUUUCUCUUCCCAUGCACUGAGAUGAACUGUGAAUCAGAGUGAUUUCAUUCACUGUUGGGCUUUGUCAGCUCCAACAUUGAUUUAAUACGCUGAAUCAGCUAACAUGGGCCGACAAGGGCUGACUGCUGCCAAUGGUGUGGAACCCAACACCAAAACUAGGGCUACAGACGCUGGCCUGUCACUGAACAAUGACCAACAAUCGGCUUGAUGUGUCAGCGCCCUUAUUCAGUGGACUUGUGUUCUCUGCCUAGUCCUGUUUCAGGCAACUUUGUGAGAAUGUGUGUUGUCAGAAGACGCCUUUCUUUCACUCCUGGUUCCGGUUCCUGCUGCUGUUUUGCCUGGUCUUCGUCUUGUGCUACUCUCAGUCCAGCAGCUCUCGAUCAUGGUGGGAGAACUUUCCACUCCAUAUGCACUACCAGAGGUUUCUCAAUCGAACCAAUCAAGUCAAUCUACCUCCUGCUUAUCGUGUCCAUCCAAAACACAGAAUUAAACCAAGUGAAAUCUAUGAAACCACAGCAAGCACUACUGUACUACCUACUGUGCCUCCAACAGGUACUCAGUUCCAUCACGCCUACCCACGCAACUACCACUUUAAUAUGGAUAACCCAGAUGUGUGCAAGACCAAGACCCCUUUCCUGGUCUUGAUGGUUCCAGUGGCACCCAAAAACGUGGCAGCACGGGACGCCAUCCGGCAGACAUGGGGCAAAGAGAGCCUGGUGCAGGGCGAGGUGGUGCUUACUCUAUUCAUGCUGGGCCUCUCAGGAGGAGCUGAUGUGGAGCAGGUGCAGAAGAAGCUCAAACAGGAGAAUCUACAGCACCACGACUUGAUCCAGAGCAACUUUAUGGACACUUACCUCAAUCUGACCACCAAAACCAUGGUGAUCAUGGACUGGCUGGCCACACGCUGCCCUACAGCAGCAUACGCCAUGAAGAUUGACUCUGACAUGUUCCUUAAUAUUGACAAUUUAGUAAUGAUGCUGCAGAAGCCAGGCAUCCCCAAGCUUAACUACCUGACUGGGAUGCUUAUGUGGAACAGGCCAGUUGUCCGUUCAAAAAACUCUAAGUGGUACGUCCCCGAGGAGAUGUACCCAGAACCUCAAUAUCCAACCUACACUCUGGGCAUGGGAUACAUCUUCUCCAACGAUCUUCCUGAAAAAUUUGUGGAGGCCUCAAAAUCAGUGAAACCAUUUAACAUAGAGGACGCUUACAUUGGAAUGUGCAUGAAACAGCUAGGUCUUGCACCCACAUCACCGCCAAAUCCCUCCCAGUUCAAGGCCUAUAACACAAGAUAUAAUCGCUGCGAAUUCUCCAAGGUCAUCACCUACAUUCUUGGGUCUUCACAAGAGCUGUUGAAAUACUGGACAGAUUUGAAGAAGCCUGAACCACCAUGUUAGGACAAAGACUAUUCCUGAUGCACUGAUAAAAUCACCUGGGUUGAAGGGAUUGGGUGGCAGGGAAUGGGCGGGUUAAUUUAUUUAUAGAUUUCUAUUGUACUGUUGUGAGCAAUGGGAACACCACUGUGGAAAAGUUGCAAAGGUUUAUGAACUGCACUACAGACAUUGGACUGGUGUGUAUUUAAAACUAUUUUGUUGGCUUGCCAACAAUAAAAUAUGUGAAGGUAAAGUUUAUUUUACAACACCACUAGCUGUUGAUCACUAAAGGUGUUGUAGAGCAAUGUUUUGAUAAGCAGGUCAUGUAUAGUUUGUAUACAGUUUGUACCUGUAUAUUUACAAAAGCAGACAGACACACACGCCUCAAGCACGGCAUAUUUGUGCGAACAGCAGGGAUUAGUAAAAUCACUUGGAUCUAAUGGAACAAACGCAGGUUUUCCAAAAAAAAGUCUAUGCAACUAUUAAGAGGUACAAAAAGCUGUCAGAAUGUUUCCUGUACAUUCAGGCGAAUUUGGGAAAGGAUUUUGAACUCAGUUGUGAACACUCCUCAGGGUAUUUUUUUUAAGUGAUAAAAUUAAGCAAACCAUUCACCACUGUCAGAAAGAUGUACAAGUUAUUUUGUUGUUUACAUUGCAGAUUUAUAUAAGUUUUAAAAGAAGCCAAACUACUAAAAAAAAAAAAAAUAAUAAUUUGUGCAAUAUGUCACAAAAUCCUUUAGUAAAGACGCUGCACUUUUUAUUACAUUGUCGUUGAGUUUUUAUUCUUUUUUCUCCCCAGAAUUAAGUCCUCUCUUGUAUUCUGGUGGGUAUAAGAAGGGGUUGCGAGAGGUUUCAUGAACUUGAAUGGUAAUAUUAUUAUGCAGCAGGUCCUGAUAAAGCCUGGUAAGACCAUCCUGAUGACGUCAGCUCAACAUUCUGUUUCGCUCUCUGUAUCAGUCUGGACUCGGUGCUGCCCCAACCUUUUUCCAGAAAUUUAAAUCCAAUCAGGGCAACACAUUCUCACUCCAAACUCAUACAAACAUAUCGACAUAUGGUCAUGGAUAUUCCAUGUUGACAUAUGAUGUGCAAGGUAACCUGUGCCUCAUAAGACUACUCCAGUUAAUUUGGCACUUUUUCACCCAUUAAAUUAUGCUACUUUGACAGACAUAGUUAGAAACCUUAGGUCCACUACCUGCUGCCUUGACACUCUGCCUACAAGCUUUUUUUAAAGAUGUUUUUAACUGCAUAGCAUAUAUAUAGAUAGAUAUACUACAGAUAGUCAACUGUUCUCUUCAGUCAGGCCUUUUUCCAAUGGCCCUGAAGACCGCAGUCAUUAAACCUCUCUUAAAAAAGCCUAAUCUGGAUGCCUCAGCAAUAAAUAACUACAGGCCCAUAUCAAACCUACCAUUUUUAGGAAAGAUCAUUGAAAAGGUUGUUUUUCAGCAACUCAACACCUUCUUGGAGCAGAACAAUUCAUUUGAUGCCUUUCAGUCUGGAUUUCGAGCACAUCACAGCACUGAGACUGCACUUGUAAAAGUUUUAAAUGACAUUCAUCUGAGCAGUGAUGCAUCAAAGAUUUCGGUUCUGGUAUUACUGGACCUCAGUGCUGCAUUCGACACAGUUGACCGUAAGAUACUGCUCGACAGACUAGAAAAGUUU